AUGCAUUGGACGGAUCUCCGACCGCCACCUAUGGUCAACGGUAGAACCCUACCCCCUCGUUCGAUGCCUUUUAGAAUCCAAUCGCAGCCUCGUCAUACAUAUUCGGAGAAAAAGGCCGCGCCUCCGCUAAUUGUCGAUUCCCAAAUUCGAGUCGUCGAUGCCCUAAUUUAUCAAUUUAUUUCAAGAGUUGUCGCUUCGUUGGAUUUUCUGAAUCUCUGGAGAGAGGGUUUUGAGGAUCGAAGUGCCGUCGUGUUCCGAACCGUGUUCAUCACUCAGCUUUGUGAACUGACUCACUCAGAGGGGCGCACUCACUGGGACUUGAUCACAUGGUGUGACCUGGUGAGCAGUGACCUUCUGAGUAACUUCGUCAAGAUGAGGGUUCAUUCGAUUCAUUUUGGAGCCAAAAAUCAAGCAACAUGGUUGCUUGGGCAUGUUGAGAGAAAAAAGAUUAUUGUGUAUACUGGUUAUUACCUCUCUCUGAUGCGCGAUCGAGGCUUCUUGGAUGAUUUUGAAUUGUUCUUUUGCUUCAUCGUGUUUCCCAAUUUCUCGGUUACAACCCAUUCAUUUACUCGAUUGGCUUCGAGGAGUCCUAUGAUUGCUGCCUUUGAUCUAUGUAGAGACAUGACAUUCUCAAACAGUAUCCAGAUGACAAGCAGAUGCAUAGACCUGUGGACCAACUGGAUCUUCUUGCCUUACAACUGAGGCUGCAUUAAGAAUGGUGAUACACGCGGGAAGAUAUAUAGC